UUUGGGAGCUGGGCCACAAUCCUUCCAUGUCUUUUGUAGAGCGACCAAAAUACGUGAAUUUAGGAGAAGGCGGAGAUCAUUAUGUUGUCAUCGGCAGAAAAUGAUGGAACGCCAAUGGGCACUGUUUUUUUACGCUUGAGAAGAACGCUUUUACCUCAUCUCGGUCUGGAAGCCGAUGUGAAGUUUACCGGCGAAUUCGAUCAAGGAAGGCCCGGCGUUUCUGAUUCACAAGGCAGAGACGAUGUGAGCUGAAUGGACCCCGUUGACCAACCGGAACACUCGAGUUCGACGUUCACCGAAACCCAAUAACCCUCGCAACUUAACAGCCAUGUCUGUUUCUACGGUGUUGGCGAAGGCGCUCUUUGACAACACGGCAGAGAGCCCAGAGGAACUGGCUUUCAGGAAGGGGGACAUCCUGAUGGUUUUGGAGCAGGAGCAGAGCGGUGGGCCCGGCUGGUGGCUCUGCUCCCUGCACGGCCGUCAGGGCAUCGCCCCGGCCAAUCGUCUGCGCCUCCUCCAGACCGCUCCGGCCACCAGCUGCGACUCCGUGUACUUGUCCCCCGGUCCACCGCUGUUGCGCGGUAGCGCGGACGACGCGGAGGCCGUGUAUCGCUCCCCGCCGGCCGCGGGCGAAGGCCGAGGAGACGGAACGGCAUCGAGACCCGGUGAGCUUCGCAAGGCGGACGUCGGUCGUCCGCGCUCACACUCCAGUUCCGGAUCCCGACCCAGGCCCGACUGGGAAAUUGGAGUCGCAAGUCGCCCGCGUUCCCCUUCGUUAAGAGGACGGGGCACGGAUGUGAGCGGAGCUCUCUAUCAGACUCCGGUGAGCCCCCUGCCCUCCUCCGCUCAGCAUGCCCGGCAGCCAGGAGCGCAAAUGGCUCCAGAGUCUGUCUACCUCUCCCCAAGCGGAGUCGCAAGAGUGAAUGAUGAGGACACCACAUAUCUGGUCCCUCGGGAAACCACAGGACCCUCCGAUGACUGUUACUUGGUGCCAAAAGGAACACCGCUUGCCGGUGAGGAUGUUUACCAAACCCCAACGGGAGGAGUUCUGGCCGCCUGCCCUCAUGGCCCCUCGUCAGUCAGCGGAACUCAUCAGUCUAAAGUGGGUCAGGACAUUCCCGGGAUGUACCAAACCCCCUCUCCUGUGGCGGUCAGCCUACAAAGAACUUUAUCGUCCCCCGCCCAAGCGCCUCCUAGGCCCCUCCUAAAGGGCCCGUCACCCAACCCUGCCGUGGCCAGAGGCAAACCGGGGCUCGCCUGCCCCCGGGAGUCCCCUUUACUGGUUCGAGCCGCCCACCCUCGAGUUCCCGGGUCGCCGAAUUUCGCCCGCAAGCCCCCGCCGCCGGCUCCUCCCGUGCGAGGAGUCACGCGGAAAGACGGCCAGCCGUCGACGCCCAUGUUGGGUGAUUGCGGCGUGGCCCCCAGCCCCGGAUCUCAAGCACACGAGGCGAACAGGCAGACGAGUCAGGACCCGGAGAAAGGCAGCGGCGCACUCAACAGCAAAGCGGAAAACCAAGAUUAUGCGGAUCCCGCGAACGACCAGGUAUACGACACGCCACCCAGCAGCCGGUGGCAGCGCGCCGCGCCAACGGUCCUCAGCAACGGCGUCGACGGCAUCUAUGACACUCCUCGCACCGUCCCCCCGCAUGUUGACUCGGAGACGGAGGUGUACGACGUCCCCACCGUAACGCUGAACGGCUCCACGUCGGAAGCCCAACCGGGCACCGCCGACGCGGACGACGUCUACAGCGUGCCUACUCUUCCGGGCCUGCCCGCGGGUCCCGCCGAGUCCGCCGGCAGCCUUUCCGGGGAGGAGGCCAGCCAGAACGGUCAAACUUACUGCGUCGCAAGCUCGGAAAAGCGAGCGAGCGCAGGCGACCAGCAGCGGGACUCCCCCGACUGCGGCAUCUACGACAUGCCCGCCCCGAACGCGGACGUCUUUCCGCACUCGUCGUCGUCUUCCUCCGCCUCCACUCGCCGUCUCUCCGUGUCCAGCAACGGCUCCGGGGACGUCCAGUGGAGGGCCUCGCUCUCCAGCCUCGUCCACGCCGCGCUGAGCGCCGCUUCCUGCUCGCCCGCCGCCCUGUUGUCUCGGGACCUGGCCGCGUCGCUGGCCGAAAUCCUGUCCGCGUGGAAAGCCAGCCACUCCGGGGACCCUCCGCCGCCCCUUCAGCAGGCUUGGGCCCGCCUCUCGGACCUGCUGCCCGCGUUAUCGGCCAUGGGCGGCGCGCCUCCGUCGGAAGGUCUCCUUUCCCUGGUCCAGCGCUCCCUGGAGGAAAGCGCCCUCCUCUUGCAGUCGCAGGGUCGCCCCCGACUGCCUUCCCAGGAGUCUUUGUCCCGCAGGCCGCUGCCCGCUCUCCCGGUAUUGGACGGCAAGUCACCCGGAGGCGGAAUGGGCUCCCGGAAGAGCAGCUGGAUUCAAGAAAGGCCUCUGCCCCCGACUCCUCUGCCGGCCUUCCCCGUGCCUCCCGCCUCGGCCGCGGUGACGCUCGCAGUCGGCCACGGCGAUGGAGACGAAGACCCGAGCAACGAAUACGCCGGGAUUGGCUUGACACCCGUCCCGGCCCUGGUCCCUAAUGGUGACAGUGUUGGAUAUGUCAAGCUGCAGGGCAAACCGGAGCUCCCCCUGGCUCAGAACGGACAAACGAUCACCUCAGAGCCGAGACUGACGCCGUCGCCUCCGCUGCCGGUGUCGCUGUCCCUGGAGGAUUCGGAGCUGCUGCGCUUCUACUCGUCACAGAGCCUCGCUCACCUGUCCUGCCUGGCCGACGCCAUCGACGUGCUCUUUGCCAGCGUGCGGGGCAACCAGCCGCCGCGCGUCUUCGUGGCGCGCGGCAAGAGCCUCAUUGUGACGGCGCACAAGCUGGUGUUCAUCGGCGACACGCUCUCCCGCCUCCUCACCUCCGGCGACCUGCGCGCCAAGAUCACAACCUCCGGGGGUCGCCUUUGCCAGGCCUUGAAGGCGGUGGUCGUGGCGACAAAAGGCGCGGCGCAAAACUACCCGUCGGUGUCGGCGUCUCAGGAGAUGGUGGACCGGGUGGCCGAGCUCUCUCAGCAGGCCGCCGGCUUCUCCGCUCUGCUCCAGCGCCUGACUGAGAUCUCCUCGUGAUGUUGACGCCACACGCCGUCUUUCACUCUCUCUCUUGGAAAAUGCCUUAUUUUGUGAUGACACUUUGGGGGGGGGGGGGGGGGCGUGGGGGGCUGUUUUCUUCAGUUGCGUGGCUCGACUCUGCCCUUUCCCCCCGUUGUGCGUCUUAACUUAUAGAGGACCGGAAGCUGCUCUCUGGGGCUUUUGAAUCUGUCGUCCCCUCCCGAUUUUAAGUAUCAGGGGUGGGGGGAGACUGAAGUUUAUGAACGACUCCGUUAGGCUUGAACGGCGACUCGACCCGACGAGUCUGUUUACAUUCAGGAAUCUGCAGUUUUCAGGUCGACUCACAUUUGUUUUGCGUGAAGAAAAGCGAUGCUACGUAGCACAAGCUAGCCGUUAGCCGUGAAGUGAAGCGCACGCUCAAGUCUGGUCUGAACCCCCCCCCACCCCCUCCCCAACAACUAAAACAGUCAUGAAAUUAGUACAAUCCUCAAUUCAAGCAGAACGAUCUGCCAAUACAAAGGAAGGUUGUCUCGAAGCUGGUGGAUUUAUACUCGCUCCAUCUAGAAUUCUGGGAUAUGCUUUUGGCGUGACUCAACCGGCUGGGAAUUUCGCAGCCACUCGGAUUGACACGCGUGAACAUUGGAGACUUACUUGACUUGUGCUUACGGUAUCUCACAAAAGUGAGCACAACCCCCUUGACAUUUUCUUUUCGCGGGACGAGUCUGAAGCGACGAUAUAAAGCGGGCAAUGGGGAGCUUGGUAAAUAUGCUGUUGAUUCCUGCCCAUGUCGAAAUUGCUCACACCGAAGUGAAAAUAUCGUCGCCUCACACGAAAAGACUCACUUUUAGGAGAUCCCACCUCUGCUAAAUAUAGCACAGAAGGAAAUAGUUACAUUCUGGCUUUGGUCUACUUCGCGUGACAAUUCCUGCCCGACAAGAAUUGCCGUCGCGUGAACAAGUCAGGGGGGACGAAUCGCUCUUUCUCACGAUCACAGAACAGCGAGGCCGGGGAAGCCCGUGAACCGAGCGUCGCCGUCUGUACGUGUCGCAACCUGCUUUUUGACAGUUGGUCACAUGGACACGUCGUCUUUUUGCUCCCUUUCUUGCUGCUGUCCUUUUGCUCUUCCUUCAUUCCUGCCUGUCAUUCUUUCUUCUCCUUAUGGUUUGUCCAAUCCUUGGUUCCUGCAUCUCUUCCUUUUUUUCCAGUCUUUCAUAAUCAUCUUGCCGGCAUUCCUUUAUCCAUCCUGGCUUCAAUUCUGCCUGCCUGCCUUCUUUCCAUUCUACCUUGCAACAUUCCUUCCUCCCAGCCUCUCUUCCUCACCCCCUUCUGUCCGACGUUGCUUUCAUCUUUCAAUUAUUGAAGCAUCCCUCCAUUCUUCCUUUCGCACAUCCUUGUCUCAUUCCUGGCAUUCUUCCUUCAGUGCUUUUCUCCAUCCUCAUGUCUUACCCUGCAUUCUUCAUCCCUCCUUCCAUUCUUUAAGCCGCCCUGAUUUCCUUGCAUACUUCCUAGCCUCCCUAUAUAUCCUUUAUUCGUCCCACAAUCCUUGCGUCUUCCUCUUUCUACGUACUUCCAACCAUCUUUCCAUUCAGAUGAUUGUUUUUUUUUCCUUCCUUGGUCUUUCUUUCAGUCCUGCUUAUAUCCGUUUCCCGCCUUCCAUCCCUACUUUUUGUAAAAUCGCCCCAUCCGCUUCUCUUUUGCCUCAGUCUCACAACAGCGUGCAUGCGAAACCCGUCGAACAAGUUUACCUGUCACCACACGUUACAUGCAUGUCGCCGAUUCUUGUUUUUUGUUUUUUAUUGUUUGUUUUUUGGAAAGCGUGGCACUCAACAGUGGACUGUGCCCAUGUUUCAUCUAAUGUUCUACAAAGCCGGACCAUCAUCAAGCCGUUUGCCGUGGCUACUAAUCAUGUGUUACUUUGUCCAAAUUGGGAACAUAUUGACACACCAUCAUUAUGUACAUCAUCCUUCCAAGCAUGCUUUGAGGAACCUUCCUGUCCCAUUUUCUCUGCUGUAGUGUCACCUUGUGGAUGUUUGAAGUAUUAAUGGAAACUACACCUAUAACGAGUUUGAAGAGAAGCGAGUAACCUUUAUAUUUAUUAUGAUCAUUUCUAUGUUGUUGUUUUUUUUCCCCCUAUUCACAGCUUUACUAUGUUUGACUUUGUCAUGCACGUUUUUAUGUGAUUUGGUUUGGUGCUGUAUCGCAGCGAUUCUAAAAGCGGUCGCUCAACGGGGUGCAUUUGUAAAGCAGCUCAUCCUCUGGUCGCACCCAUGUUGUCAGUAGUGCACGUCAGCUUGCGACAAUGACGGACUGUUGAAUUCAGUGGUAUUUGGUUCAGUUCCUUAAAAAAACAAACAAAGGUUAUGGAUAUUUAGGAUGUAAUGUUACUAAAAUAAUUUAUAUCAUACACGUGGCGGUUAUGUUUGAUUGGCGUGACGAUUAUGAGGGGCACCCAUGGACCUAAAAGGUUUUUGAACUAUUUUCAAGAAAGUGUCUCCCCCCCCCCACCCCUUAACUUUUCUUGGAAAAAAUAUACCAAUUCUUGUUUAUGUUGUUCAAUGCAAGUUUUUUACACUCAUGUGAACUCAUCCCUGAUUGCUGAAUUCUAGCAAUACAGAACUACACAGCUUCACUUUUGAACACUAUGUAAUGUCUUGCCUUGUAUUCCAGUCCAGAAUAAACAAAUAGUUUUUUUUUGCAAUAAUA